GUUCUGUCCAGAUUCUGGACUCUGUGGGUGCCGGCUGCAGCCGCUCAGGCUCCGCGCCCUCCGGCAGUCGGCCGCUUUCUCGCUGCGCACUUAACACAGAACUCUUGAUUUUUUGCGUCUGUUAUAUUUUUAGGGCAGUCUCUCCUCUUGUUCUCCCCCCCCCCCGGAGCAUCCAGCACGGCGCCAGGAACAUCCUCGGGUGAUGGUGAACACAUCUGAUGGAUGAAUGCACGUAUUCUGAGAUGUCCUUUAACUUCUCAUUCCGAAGACCCUCCUAUGUUACCCUUUCCAACAAGCCUCGCCUAGGAACAAGCUUCGGAAUACUAUCUCAACCACACUCUCGUCCACAAGUUAACUUUGGGGUGAGCAAGGCUGGGGCUCAAGCCGUGCUUGGGCACCACGUCUACUUGGGAAAGGUCUCUGGAGCGAUUCCCGCCAACACCUCCUCGAAGCCCAACCCCACCCAAGCAUUCCCGGGCGUGGCCCAGAGCGGCGCCUUUAAGAAGGGGGCGGAGCACAAGUGGAAAGACAAAGCCCCUGGCCGCGAGCUCCCCCCUCCCCCCUCCGGCGCACCACACGGACAGUGGUGCCCGGAUGUCGAUGUCGCCGUCGGUGACAGAUGGCGCAAUGUCUGUAUGUGUGUAGGAGCUUCACUGGCCUGACUUCCUUUAGUUCGCAGCCUUUCGGUUCCCGCAGUCCCCCACAUUUAACUCCGCCGCUGGUGGCCCGUGAGCCUGUCACCAGCGCUUACAUAACGUGACCUUUCACCUCUUCAGACUGCCCUCUAGUGCGCUGCAACCCAACUACGCAGCAGGGGCAGCGGGGCGGGACCCAGACGCAGAGCGGCAGCUGCUCCGAGCCAAUAGGCAGUGAGCGCUGACCAGCUGUCCGCCUAUUGGAGCAUUCGCUAUCGGCGCCACAGGGGAGCAAGUUAGUGUGUGCGCUGGCCCGGCGGGGGGAGGAGGGGAAUCUCCCGCCAUUUUUCAAUAAUUUCCUCCGGUGCCGCUGAGGAGGAGUCGUGACUGCCGGCAGUGUGGAUCCGUGGCGAAGGUUGGCCGGGGUGGGCUGCCGAGACGCGCAGCGCUGCGCGUAGGAGCUCUGCGCCCUUGCGUGGCGCCCCAUGGCGGUCGCGCGACCGCGCCGGCAGUGAGGGAGCGGGAGUUCGCGCCGCCCUCUCACCCCUCCCCUCCCCCACCGCCGGGAGCCAGCGCUCGCGCGGGGCCGCGGGGCCUAGUGCUGCGCCGCGGGCCGGGAGGACCGCCGCCGCCGCCGCGAUGGCGCCGCUGCUGGGCCGCAAGCCCUUCCCGCUGGCGAAGCCGCUUCCCGGGGAGGAGCCGCUCUUCACCAUCGCGCACACGCAGGAGGCCUUCCGCACCCGAGAAGAGUAUGAAGCCCGCUUGGAAAGGUACAGUGAACGCAUUUGGACAUGUAAGAGCACCGGAAGCAGUCAGCUAACGCACAAGGAGGCCUGGGAAGAAGAACAGGAAGUUGCUGAACUUUUGAAGGAGGAGUUUCCGACCUGGUACGAGAAACUUGUUCUGGAAAUGGUUCACCACAACACCGCCUCCCUGGAGAAGUUAGUAGACACUGCAUGGCUGGAAAUCAUGACCAAAUACGCUGUGGGUGAAGAGUGUGACUUUGAGGUUGGGAAGGAGAAAAUGCUCAAAGUGAAGAUUGUGAAGAUUCAUCCUUUAGAGAAAGUAGAUGAAGAGGCCACUGAGAAGAAAUCUGAUGGUGCCUGUGAUUCUCCAUCAAGUGACAAAGAGAAUUCCAGUCAAAUUGCUCACGACCAUCAGAAGAAGGAGGCAGUAGUAAAAGAGGAUGAAGGACGGAGGGAUAAUGACAGAGCACGUAGAUCUCCACGCAAACUUCCUACUUCAUUAAAAAAGGGAGAAAGGAAAUGGGCUCCUCCAAAAUUUCUGCCUCACAAAUAUGAUGUGAAACUACAAAAUGAAGAUAAGAUCAUCAGCAAUGUGCCAGCAGAUAGCUUAAUUCGAACAGAGCGCCCACCAAAUAAGGAGAUACUUCGAUACUUUAUACGGCAUAAUGCCCUACGUGCUGGUACUGGUGAAAAUGCACCUUGGGUGGUAGAAGAUGAAUUGGUGAAAAAAUAUUCCCUGCCUAGCAAGUUCAGUGACUUUUUACUUGAUCCAUAUAAGUACAUGACUCUCAACCCUUCUACUAAGAGGAAGAAUACUGGAUCCCCAGAUAGGAAGCCCUCAAAGAAAUCCAAGGCAGACAGUUCUUUGAGUUCACCAUUAAAUCCUAAGUUAUGGUGUCAUGUACAUUUGAAAAAAUCAUUGAAUGGCUCACCACUCAAAGUGAAGAAUUCAAAGAAUUCCAGAUCUCCAGAUGAACAUCUGGAAGAAAUGAUGAAGAUGAUGUCACCCAACAAGUUACAUGCCAACUUUCACAUUCCUAAAAAAGGCCCACCAACUAAGAAACCAGGGAAGCACAGUGAUAAACCUUUGAAGGCAAAGGGCAGGARCAAAGGCAUCCUGAAUGGACAGAAAUCCACAGGGAAUGCCAAAUCUCCCAAAAAGGGUUUAAAGACUCCUAAAACCAAAAUGAAGCAGAUGACUUUGUUGGAUAUGGCCAAAGGCACUCAGAAGAUGACACGAGCCCCCCGGAAUUCUGGGGCCACACCGAGGUCCUCCAGUAAACCUCAUAAACACUUGCCUCCUGCUGCUCUGCAUCUGAUUGCAUAUUACAAAGAAAACAAAGACCGAGAGGACAAAAAGAGUGCCCUAUCCUGUGUUAUCUCCAAAACAGCUCGUCUUCUUUCCAGUGAAGAUAGGGCCCGCCUCCCGGAAGAAUUGAGAACUAUUGUACAAAAGCGCUAUGAGCUUCUAGAGCAUAGGAAGAGGUGGGCCUCUAUGUCUGAAGAGCAGCGAAAAGAAUAUUUGAAGAAGAAACGACAGGAAUUAAAAGAAAAGUUGAAGGAAAAAGCCAAAGAAAGAAGAGAGAAGGAAAUGCUUGAGAAAUUAGAAAAGCAGAAGCGGUAUGAGGACCAAGAGUUAAAUGGCAAAAAUCUUCCAACAUUUAGAUUGGUGGAUACCCCUGAAGGGCUGCCCAAUACCCUCUUUGGGGAUGUGGCCCUGGUGGUGGAGUUCUUGAGCUGUUAUUCUGGGCUACUCUUACCAGAUGCUCAGUAUCCUAUUACUGCUGUGUCGCUAAUGGAAGCCUUGAGUGCAGAUAAGGGUGGCUUUUUAUAUCUGAAUAGAGUUUUGGUCAUCCUGCUGCAGACCUUACUACAAGACGAAAUAGCGGAAGACUAUGGUGAAUUGGGAAUGAAGCUGUCAGAAAUCCCGCUCACUCUGCACUCUGUUUCAGAGCUGGUUCGGCUCUGCUUGCGCAGGUCAGAUGCCCAGGAGGAAAGUGAGGGCUCAGACACAGAUGACAAUAAAGACUCGGCACCAUUUGAGGACAACGAGGUACAAGAUGAGUUCUUAGAGAAGCUGGAAACCUCUGAGUUUUUUGAGCUAACAUCAGAGGAGAAGCUGCAGAUCUUGACAGCACUGUGCCACCGGAUCCUCAUGACGUACUCAGUGCAAGACCACAUGGAGACCAGACAGCAGAUGUCUGCAGAGCUGUGGAAGGAGCGGCUUGCUGUGUUGAAGGAGGAGAACGACAAGAAGAGAGCAGAGAAACAGAAGCGGAAAGAAAUGGAAGCCAGAAAUAAAGAAAAUGGCAAAGAGGAAAAUGGGUUAGGGAAAACUGAUAGGAAAAAAGAAAUUGUAAAGUUUGAGCCCCAGGUAGAUAUGGAAGCUGAAGACAUGAUUAGUGCUGUGAAGAGCAGAAGGCUGCUUGCCAUGCAGGCCAAGAGGGAACGGGAGAUCCAGGAAAGGGAAAUGAAAGUGAAACUAGAACGUGAAGCUGAAGAAGAACGAAUCCGGAAGCACAAGGCAGCGGCUGAGAAGGCUUUCCAGGAAGGGAUUGCCAAGGCAAAGCUAGUCAUGCGGAGGACUCCUAUUGGUACAGAUCGAAACCAUAAUAGAUACUGGCUCUUCUCAGAUGAAGUUCCGGGAUUGUUCAUUGAGAAAGGCUGGGUACAUGACAGUAUUGACUACCGAUUCAACCAUCGCCGCAAAGACCGUGCAGACUCUCCUGAUGAGGAUUACUAUCCCCGAAGUAAGAAAACAAACUUAGGCAAAAACACAACUGUUAACACACAGCAUGGAUCGGCAGUAGAAAUGGCUGUGGAGACUACCAUUCCCAAGCAAGGACAGAACCUAUGGUUUUUAUGUGAUAGUCAGAAGGAAUUGGAUGAGUUGCUAAACUGCCUUCAUCCUCAGGGAAUAAGAGAAAGUCAACUUAAAGAGAGACUAGAAAAGAGGUACCAGGACAUCAUUCACUCUAUUCAUCUAGCUCGUAAACCAAAUUUGGGUCUAAAAUCCUGUGAUGGCAACCAGGAGCUUUUAAACUUUCUCCGGAGUGAUCUCAUUGAAGUUGCAACAAGGUUACAAAAGGGAGGACUUGGAUAUGUGGAGGAAACAUCAGAAUUCGAAGCCCGGGUCAUUUCAUUAGAAAAACUGAAGGAUUUUGGUGAGUGUGUCAUUGCCCUUCAGGCCAGUGUCAUAAAGAAAUUUCUCCAAGGCUUCAUGGCUCCCAAGCAAAGGAGAAGAAAACUCCAAAGUGAAGAUUCAGUAAAAACUGAAGAAGUGGAUGAAGAGAAAAAAAUGGCAGAGGAAGCAAAGGUGGCAUCUGCUCUGGAAAAAUGGAAGACAGCAAUCCGUGAAGCUCAGACUUUUUCCAGAAUGCAUGUUCUACUUGGGAUGCUUGACGCCUGUAUCAAGUGGGAUAUGUCAGCAGAAAAUGCUAGGUGCAAAGUUUGUCGAAAGAAAGGUGAGGAUGACAAAUUGAUCUUGUGUGAUGAGUGUAAUAAAGCCUUCCACCUGUUUUGUCUGAGGCCGGCCCUCUAUGAAGUACCAGAUGGUGAAUGGCAGUGCCCAGCUUGCCAGCCUGCUACUGCUAGGCGCAAUUCCCGUGGCAGGAAUUACACUGAGGAGUCUAAUUCUGAGGACAGCGAAGAUGAUGAGAGUGACUCAGAGGAAGAAGAGGAGGAGGAGGAGGAGGAGGAAGAUUAUGAGGUGGCUGGCUUGCGAUUGAGACCUCGAAAGACCACCCGGGGUAAGCAGGGAAUCAUCCCCCCGGCAGCACGGCCAGGACGACCAAGUAAGAAGCCACAUCCCACCAGGAGGCCACGGCCAAAGGUGUCCCCUGUGGAUGAUGCUGAGGUUGAUGAGCUGGUACUUCAGACCAAGCGCAGCUCCAGGAGGCAAAGCCUGGAGCUGCAGAAGUGUGAGGAGAUCCUCCACAAGAUUGUGAAGUACCGCUUCAGCUGGCCCUUCAGGGAGCCUGUGACCAGGGAUGAGGCUGAGGACUACUAUGAGGUGAUCACCCACCCCAUGGACCUUCAGACAAUACAGAACAAGUGUUCCUGUGGGAACUAUCGCUCCGUGCAGGAGUUCCUUACUGACAUGAAGCAGGUGUUCACCAACGCUGAGCUGUACAACUGCCGAGGCAGCCACGUGCUCAGCUGCAUGGUGAAGACGGAGCAAUGCCUGGUGGCACUGCUGCAUAAACACCUCCCUGGACACCCGUAUGUCCGCAGGAAACGCAAGAAGUUUCCCGACCGGCUUGCUGACGAUGAAGGGGACAGUGAUCCAGAGCCUGUUGGACAGUCCAGGGCACGAAGGCAGAAGAAAUAGAGAGGUGGGGCCCUGGUAAGGGAGCUGAGCCGGUACUCUGUCUCUUCCUCCUCCUCCCUCUCAGGUGACGGUAUGUCAGUGAGUGCCAUACAGAAUUCUGUUUUCACCAGCAUCAUGAGACAGUUGUGGUCUUUUGAGUUGAUCUUAGCAGAGUAAAGGGACAUUUUCUGGAGCCAUUCCUGAACACCCUGCCCCUUCUUUGUGAUAGCCUUCUCCCACUUCCCUGCCCCACCGCCUCAA